GAGCAGGAGGAGGAGCAGGAGGAGGAGGAGAUGGCUCCACCCUCGGUCCCACCCCAGGUUGAUCUGUCAGAAGAGGAGGAGUCUGAGCAGGAAACUCCAGAUAAGACCACACCCACUCUGGAGAAGACCACACCCAUUGUGGAGAAGACCACACCCACUCUGGAGAAGACCACACCCAUUGUGGAGAAGACCACACCCACUCUGGAGAAAACCACACCCAUUGUGGAGAAGACCACACCCAUUGUGGAGAAGACCACACCCACUCUGGAGAAGACUACACCCACUCUGGAGAAGACCACACCCACUCUGGAGAAGACCACACCCACUCUGGAGAAGACUACACCCACUCUGGAGAAGACCACACCCACUGUGGAGAAGACCACACCCGCUCUGGAGAAGUACCUGGAGUCCACAGAGGAGACACUCAUCACUCAGAACCUAACUGCAGCCAGGCCUGCAGACACCAGGGCUGUAGACACCAAGGCUGCAGACACCAAGGCUGCAGACACCAGGGUUGCAGAGAAGAAGAACGGGAAGCCAGUGAAGGCUGAAGCUUCUAAAGCUCCUCCCUCUGCAGCCAAAGGCCCAAUCAGGAAAGAGAAAAAGAGUGUGGCCUCCGCUGCCCCUCCCCCCAAGACAGCCGCAGCCAAACCCCAGAAACCCCCCCCUAAAGAGGCUGCCCCAGCGAGAAAACCUAACGCACCCGGUCCCCAGGUCAAAGCCAAGGCUGCAGCAGGAGCAGGAGCAGGGAAGACUGCCGACAAGAACACCAAGUCUGGGGAAGGGAAGACCUCCAGGACACCAGGGGGCACAAGACCUGGAGGAGCAGGCUCCCGCAUGCAGGCCAAGACCGCAGCAGGAGUGGACCCUCCCCAGUCUGGAGAGAGGAGUGGCUCCAGCACACCUCGCUCGCCCGCCAGCCGCUCCAACACCCCCAACCGCGACGUCAAGAAGGUGGCUGUGGUCCGUACCCCCCCCAAGUCCCCCGGGUCCAUGAGGGGGCGUACUGCGGCCCCCCUGACCCCCGCACCCCCCAUGCCAGACCUGAAGAACGUCAAGUCCAAGAUCGGCUCCACAGAGAACAUCAAGUACCAGCCUGGAGGAGGACGGGUGCAGAUUCUGGAGAAGAAGAUGGAUCUCAGUAGCGUCCAGUCAAAGUGCGGCUCUAAAACCAACAUGAAACACACCCCAGGAGGAGGGAAUAUCCAGAUCACCCACAAGAAGAUCGACCUUAGCAACGUCACAUCCAAGUGUGGCUCCAAGGACAACAUCCGUUACAAACCAGGGGGAGGUAAUGUGGAGAUCAAGUCAGAGAAGCUGGACUUUAAGGUCCAGUCCAAGGUGGGCUCUCUGGAAAAUGUAGGCCAUGUGGCUGGAGGAGGGGCCAGGAAGAUUGAGAGCCACAAGCUGAGUUUCCGUGAGCAGGCGAAGGCAAGGACCGACCACGGCGCAGAGAUCGCCGAGAUCCCCUGCAAGUCCUCCGCCGACGGCUCGCCCCGUCACCUUAGCAACGUGUCCUCUCCCGGCAGCAUCAACAUGACCGAGACACCACCCUUAUCCUCAUUGGCCGACCAGGUCUCCGCUUCCCUCGCCAAGCAGGGCCUGUGAUUGGUCUAUCUUCCCCUAAGCCGAUCACCGCGGUAACCCCGCCGUCUGAUCCCAAGGGAAAUGAAAGAAAAAGCAUA